GCAACCGAUAACUGUGCCCCUGCCCUUUGCAUGGUGUCCUGCAGGUGAGAGGAAGAGCUGCAAGACUCCCUGGACACAGAAUGAAGACAGUUCUGGUUCUCCUGCUGGCCUUAGCCUUGGGGCACGCUCUAGAGAGAGGCCGAGACUAUGAGAAGGAUAAAGUUUGCAAGGAACUCGCCAUGCUGGGGAAAGAUGACUUCAGAUCUUUAUCACUAAUCCUAUACAGCAGGAAGUUUCCCAGUGGCACAUUUGAGCAGGUCAGCCAGCUUGUGAAGGAUGUUGUCACCUUGACUGAGGAGUGCUGUGCUGAGGGGGCCGACCCCAACUGCUAUGACACCAGAACCUCAGAGCUGUCUAUUAAGUCCUGUGAAAGUGAUGCCCCCUUUCCCGUUCACCCUGGAACUUCUGAGUGUUGCACCAAGGAGGGCCUGGAGCGGAAACUCUGCAUGGCUGCCCUCAGUCACCAGCCACAGGAAUUUCCCACCUAUGUGGAACCAACAAAUGAGGAGAUCUGUGAGGCAUUCAGGAAGGAUCCAAGGGGAUUUGCUGAUCAGUUUCUCUAUGAAUAUUCCAGCAAUUAUGGACAAGCGCCUCUGCCACUUUUAGUUGGUUACACCAAGAGUUAUCUCUCUAUGGUUGGAUCCUGCUGUACUUCUGCAAGCCCAACUAGAUGCUUUUUGAAGGAGAGACUCCAGAUGAAACAUUUGUCACUUCUCACUACUAUGUCAAACAGAGUCUGUUCACAAUACGCUGCAUAUGGAAAGGAGAAGUCAAGGCUGAGCAAUCUUAUAAAACUAGCCCAAAAAGUACCAACUGCUACCCUGGAGAAUGUUCUACCGAUAGCUGAAGACCUUACUGAAAUCCUGUCCAGAUGCUGUGAGUCUACGUCAGAAGAUUGCAUGGCGAGAGAGCUGCCUGAACACACGAUAAAAAUCUGUGAAAACUUAUCCAAAAAGAAUUCUAAAUUUGAAGAGUGCUGUCAAGAAAACACACCUAUGAACAUUUUUAUGUGCACCUACUUGAUGCCAGCUGCUGAACCACUUCAAUUGCCAGCCAUAAAGUUGCCAACCAACAAAGACCUCUGUGGUCAGAGUACCAAACACGCCAUGGACCAGUAUACAUUUGAACUAAGCAGAAGGACCCAAGUUCCAGAAGUGUUCCUCAGCAAAGUGCUGGAGACAGCCCUGAAAACCCUUAGAGAGUGCUGCGACACUCAGGAUUCGGUCACCUGUUUCAGCACUCAGAGUCCCCUGCUGCAGAAGCAAAUAACAUCUUUCAUUGAAAAAGGUCAAGAACUGUGUGCAGAUUAUUCUGAGAACACAUUUACUGAGUACAAGAAAGUAUUGGCAGAACGAAUGAGGACAAAAAUGCCCAACGCCUCUCCGGCAGAGCUAGAAGACACGGUGGACAAGCACUCAGACUUGGCCUCCAAGUGCUGCUCCAUAAACUCACCUCCUUUCUACUGCAACUCACAGAUUGAUGCAGAAAUGAGAGACACCCUGCAGUCCUGAUGCAGGGCACGUGUACUGUCUUGGACCUGGAACUGGACCACUCUGGAAAAUUGCCAAUGAUAAAAAAAUCAAGCAAACACCACAGAGAUGGCCUUCCAAGAAGACCACCAAGAUAAUUCCAUUUUUCCUACCUACAAUGUUUUUGAUGAAUUAUAUAAAAAAAUAAAUUGAAAUAUAGUGCAAACUCUAA